ACUUUCUUUCUAUACUUCUGUGCUAUAGAGGAUUAGAAGUAAAACAGAUGUUAUCUUAGAAGUGUAAUUAAAAAGGAAAUAAAAACAGAACGUUGCAUUUUGGGGUAGGACAGACUCAAAAGGAAGCUUCAAACUAGUUAGAAGACAUCAAUUUUUCUGUACCUGGUCAGCUGCUGUAUCUUUGGAGGAUGCUGUCGGAAGGUUACCUUCACAGAAUCACCUACCUUUGGGAAGACCUGAACCCUGCGCUCUACGAGAGUUUGCCUGAUGAAGGGGUGUAUGAAAUGAGGUCCAUUAAUUAUUCUUCCACAGGCGAAGCACAAGCAAAAAGCCUCCUUCAGAGAUGCAGAUCCGCUGGCAAGUGCAUUUCCUCAGUCUGCUCUAGAGGUAGCAAGCACAGCAGAAGGCAGAAGGAUAAUCUCCCGCAACCUGCGCAGCACCCAACACCCACAGGGCAGCCGCCUCCAGCUACGCGCGCCUGUGAGGAGCUGACAAAAAAAGUCACCUACCUGGUUCCACCUUCCUGCAAGAGCAUUUGCAAGAACUACAACGAUUUGCAUAUAGCUGGGGACUACGUGGUGCCAAUUAGCUCGGUCACCACAGAUUUUGCCUGUGACAGCGGCAUCGGCCCCUUCUUGGAGUCCUCAGAGAUCCCUCCCGCCAUGGAGUCGGUGAAGGCUCCCCCAGUGAGUGACCCCGUCCGCAGGCCGGGCCAGGGCCACUCCUCGUGCUGGCGUUUGGCCAGCCUGGGGCCCCACCAGCAGCCCCUCUCCGACUCCGCCCUGAACGACUACCUGGAGCAGAAGCUGGUGGAACUGUACAAGCAGUACAUCAUGGACAGCACGGUGAACAGGGCGUCCCCCACCCAGAUCCUGGCCUCAGAGCUGAUCAUGACCAACGUGGAUCAAAUCAGCAUGCAGAUAUCACGGGAGAGGAACAUGGAGACUGUCAAGGCCAAAGACAUUGUCAUUAGCCGCUUCUUACAAAUAGCCAGUGGGAAGAUUUCCUCAGAAAUGAGCACGCCUACUCUGCAUAUUUCCCAAUAUAGUCACAUUAAUGCUUAGUGCUUGAAUGUUAGAAAGCGUUUAUGUUCUUCAAAGUCAGUUUUUGGUUUAAGAUACUUUCUGCUUAAUAAAAAUGCAUUUACCAUCCUCCACUUAAAUAAAACCUUUCAGUACAUAUUAAAUAAGUAAAACUACCUGUACUCCUGUGCUGUGCAGCUCCUAUUGUGGACCAGUAAGUUACUUUUUUUUCUUUUAGGUUUUUUUAACGAACCUCAGACAUUAAAAAAGUUUCACAGAAAAAAUUACUUAAAGCAUAUGAAACUCUCCCAGGUGCUCAGGUGUUCACUUUCUGCCCCACAUACUUGAUGUAUCAUUCCAAAUUUCCUGUCUCUGGCAUCUGCCAUCCUACCUCUGGGCCUGCGCUAGCACAGGCUUACACUCAUGUGAAAACCAGCAAGCACAGUGCUGGCACAGCUACAGGAAUAAAGAAUUUAGGAUGCCAUCCAGUUCACCUCCCUGCCCUUAAGGGCUUUACCUCAGGACAUCCCUCACAGAUGGUUUUACAAUUUGUUCUUAAAGAUAUGAAGGGAUAGACAGUUAACAGCUCUUUCUAUGCUAACCCUAAUUAUUUAAUUAGUGUCUUCCUGUUCAAGAGUUACCAUCCCUUUUUGUGGAGCACAAGCCCUGUUUCCAGAGACAGCAUCCUCCGGAGUGUGUGUGUAAACCCCUGUGCUUUGCACUGACUUGAUCCCCCACAAUGAGCACUGGGAACCUGUGACCACAGACAGACAUCACCUUGGCCAGGGGCUUAUUUACACACCUGACACCAUGGAGAGGUCGUGUGGGGACACCAGUAGUAAAAAAGGGAGAAGAGGAAGGAAAAUUUACCUUUGUUAUAAGAAUUGCACGUUAAAGGAAAAGGGCUACUCCAAAGCCCACUGGAUUAAUGUGAACAGUGCCCCGGAAUGCAGAAGAAAAGCUGAAAUGGAGCAUUUGACACCGUGACUGAACGCUUCUUUUGUUAGGAUUGUUGUAUCAAGUUUAUUUGAACUUGAUGCAUUUCCAAUACAAGGUCCUAUUUUGUAAAAUUUCAGCAAGUCUUAACGAAGAAGAAAAAAAACAAUAACCAGAGCUGCCUAAUGGCAAGGGUUGGUACCUAUUCUGAGUGUUCAUAACGUAUACUGACAAUGCCAAUCCAUCAUUGGUUGAAGUUCUGAGUAUCAGUAUAAUAUAAAUAGUAAUUUAUUCUAAAUAUUCAUAAAAUUAUUUCAUGUUAUUGUUUCCACAGUGCUGU